AACUAAAAAAUAUAAUAACACUACAAAAAUAAAAUAAAUCCUACCAAAAACAGAUUCUCUGUAUAAAGUCGCGUCAAGUACACGUUUAAAAUUUUUUAAAAGUAAAAAAAAAAUUAUUUUCGCACUCUAUCUACUCUUCUACUAAGAAAUUUAGCUAAAUAUCUAUAUAGAUGACAUAGAUUUAUAUAUAUAAUAUAAUUGUUGAGGUUAUAUUACACAUACUUUUGGAUAGAUUAAAUUGUUUUAUAUAAGUUGUAAUCUUUAUGAAAGACUAUAAAAUUGACGAUGAAAAGGGUGAGAAAAAGAUUUAAACCUGGUAAAUUGCAAUCCGUAUUUUUACGAUCAAGGAGCAAUCGAAUUACGGAUGUUAUAAGCAGUUCAAGUGAAACCGACGAAUCAGACGGAUCAAGUGAUCAGCAAAAAAUAACACCCUCAAUGAGUAAACAGGCUCGUUAUUCUAAGAUCGCAGACAAGAACCAAAAUUCUUCAGUUAGCGAAAAUGAAAUUUCGAGUGAUUAUGAUGACGACGAUGAAAUGGCUAUAACUGAUGAAGAAGUGCCUGAAAACUUUGAAGAAGUACAAAAAGGUGAUCCAGAUGUAUAUGAAAGUGAUGAAGAAGUUCAUAGAAAUGAUCAAGAAGCAAGCGAAAAUAAUGAGAAUUUUUUCGAUUCUUAUUCCUACCCACAAUGGAAAGAAACAUCCACGAACACUGCUGAUAUAAAAGCAUUAGCAGAGUGGAUCAUGUUUAAGUCAUCCGGUAUAUCUGUAUUAGAAGUUCUGAACAUGAUAGCAGCUAUAAGUAUUCGUUUCAGUUUAUCUGACGAAGCUAAUCAAGCAGUUUUACAAUUAAUUAAGAUUUUAGCUGGUUCUGAGUUUCAAUUAAUAGAUGUAUCGAAAUAUACAAUAAGUAAAUUGUUUCACCCACCAGCUAAUGCUGUACUGCAUGUUUUUUAUUGCGAAUCAUGCUGUAUACCUUCAACAUAACCCAUAACAAAAUAUGAAAUGAAGAGAAAAAAGUAUACCAAGUGUCAGAAAUGUACGAAAAAAUACAAGCUAUCAACGGAUGAGGAACAUUUUUUUAUUUCUUUGAAUCUGGAGUAUCCAAUAAAAAAUAUAUUGGCUGAUGAAUCAAUACGGAGUAUGAUUGAUGACGAGUUGGAGAGACAGAAUGGUAAAAGUGAUAAUAUUCGAGACAUUUGUGAUAGUGAAAGAUAUGUCAACAAUGAUUACAUAGCAUCAAAAAAAGAAAAUGGAGACAGCGUUCUAACCCUAAAUGUAAAUCUCGACGGAGCACCACUAUUCAAAAGCAGUCGCCAUAGCUUUUGGCUCAUUCAAUGUAUUAUUAAUGAAAUCCCAAAUUCACUUCGCCAUAAAAUUGUUUUACUAGGAGGACUUUGGUAUACAUCAGUUGAGCCGACACCAACAUUCAUGAAUUUGUAUCUGAGACUUUUUAUAGUGCAAAUUUCAAAUUUGAUGAGUAAAGGUGUGGAAAUCAUAACUGGAAAUGGAAUUGUAAAGAAGUAUUCUUUAAAAUUUUUUCAUUUCCGGUGGACUCGGUUGCUCGGCCAAUUUUACAGAACCGUUUGCAAUUUAACGGAUAAUACGGUUGUAGUUGGUGCUAUCAACAAUCAGUGUACAAAUCACGUUCCAUGAGGUAUUUAUUUACUGAAUAUAUUCCUGAAGAAAGAACUCAUGAAAAAUACUUGGUAGAUGUAGAAAACCAACAAAAAAAUGAUAAAAAACUUUCAAAAACAAAAAGAAAUAAGAAUUAUACGCAUGAUUAUAUGCAUGCUGUUCUGUUUUGGGUUACUAGACAACUCUGGAACGUUUGGAAUAAGAAUUAUUUGAAUGUUAAUGAUAAAAAAAUGAUAAAUCUUCGCUUGUUAGACAUAAGACCACCCAGUGAAAUUCAUCGUGUUCCACGAGCACUAAAAAAUAAGCAACUUUGGAAAGCAACUGAGUGGCGAUCGUGGCUACUGUUUUAUAGUAUUCCGGUGUUAACAGGUGUGUUGAAUGAUGAACUAUUAGACUCAUAUAAACUUUUAGUUAAAAGUAUUCAAAAAGUUCUUUCUCAAGAUUUAAAUGAAGACGAUUUAUUAGCUUGCGAGAUUGAUCUUUUACGAUUCGUUUGUGAAUGUCAACAACUGUAUGGCGAUUCUGUCAUGACUUUCAACAUCCACAGUCUGAAGCACAUUAUACAAAGUGUUCGAAAGAAUGGACCAUCAUCCAAUAACUCCGCGUAUACAUUUGAGAAUAAUAUAUAUAAUUUAAAAAAAAAGGUGACAAGUCCGAAAGGCGUUUUGAAUCAAAUGUUAAACCGAUGUUUACGGGACAAUAUGUUCAAAACUAAACUUUGUACGGCUCCAGAUGAUAUCACCUGGCAAUUUUGUAGAAAUAUACUUAACAAGAAGAAAGAAAUAACAAAUUAUAUAAAAACCGACGAUGGGACAUUACUGGUAAAAAAUUAUGACCAAAAUUCAACGGAAGAAGGGGAACAAAUUUACAAUUGAUGUAUACAUAAAGGAGUAAUGUAUCAUGGUACACUAUAUACAAAAAGUAAUAAGACAAACAACACAAUCGUCUACUUAGAUAACAAUAACACUGCUAAGAUUCAUUGCUUUUAUGAACAAAAUAAUAUAUGUUACGUUGAAGCAACGGUUGCAACGGUUGAAAAAUUUGAUAUAUUUGAUCAUAUUUACAUUGUCAAAGAGUGGGAAAAUGAACCUGUGAUAAUAUCUAUAGACAAAAUUGUAUCAAAAGUGGUAUUUAUUAGAAUAAAAGAAUUAUCUUCAAAUUCCAUUAAUGAUUAUGUAUGUUUACAGCCUAAUAAUUUUGAAGUACAAUAAAAAAAUCCAUUUACAUGUAUGUAA